UCCCGCGAUUUACCUUUGCUAAGCAACAGACGCCAUUGACAAGCAGAAAAUAUGACAGGUGAAAAAGCUACCAUGGAUGCUCCACAGAUAUACGUAGAAAGAACACUUGCUAUUGUUAAACCUGACGCUAUCCAUAAGUCAGAAGAAAUCGAGGAUAUAAUUUUGAGAUCAGGAUUUGCUAUUUUACAGAAAAGACGUGUCCAUUUAACACCUGAACAAGCCAGCGAUUUUUACGCAGAGCAUUAUGGCAAAAUGUUUUUUCCAAGUUUGGUUGCGUAUAUGAGCAGUGGACCAGUAUUAGCACUUGUCAUUGCAAGGGACCAAGCAAUUUCAUACUGGAGAGAAUUAAUUGGACCAACUAAUGCUGUAAAAGCGAGACAAACUCAUCCUGACUGUUUAAGAGCUGUGUAUGGCACGGAUGACCAGCGAAACGCUCUGCAUGGCAGUGACAGCUUUUCUAGUUCAGAGAAAGAAAUAAGAUUUUUCUUCCCAGACAGUGUGAUUGAACCAGUUCCUGUAGGUCAAGCAGCCAAAGACUAUCUGGCCAAAGCUGUCAAUCCCAGUCUCUUGAAAGGCCUCACAGAACUCUGCAAACAAAAGCCCAUUGAUCCAGUGAUAUGGCUUGCAGACUGGUUACUUGAAAAUAAUCCUAAUAAACCCAAAGUACGACAGAUUGUUGUUCAGGAACCAAAUUAAAAUCAUUGACAAUAAACUUUUACAGAAUGCGUAUAAUGUAUUCAUCGAUUUGUUAGUUCAUCUAAACUUUGUGAUAUUGUAUCCAUAUUCUCCAUAUGUUUAUUACAUUUUUGUAAAUAAAUCAUCCUAAAUCAA